GUGGCUAUUUGGACGGGUCCGAUUCCGCAAGGAGAGGGAGCGGAUUUACGAGCCACUGUAGCAGCUAUAUCCAGUUCCACAUAUCGAGAUCUUUUUAAUCCCUUCAAUCCGUGAUCUCUCUCGUACUAACAAUUCCGCGGAAUCUAGAGCCGGAGCCCGGCCACCGUCUCCAGCCGUAAAACAUCGAGCUUCUUGUUCUCCGCGCGGAUCUGAUCUGAUUCUAUCGGGCAUGAUUCGAAUGCAGACGAAGUCGUCGCCGGUGGUGGUGUUUGAGUCUACAAAAGAUUCGAAGGAAAUGAUUAUGGAGGACGAGCCGGCGAAGUGGGAGGUUCGGCCGUGCGGAAUGCUCGUGCAGAAACGGAGCACCGAGGAUGGCCGAGCCGCUGUACCGGUACCUGCCAUUCGCCUGCGGGUUAAGCACGGCUCCAACUAUCAUGAGGUCUACAUUAACUCACAGGCCAACUUCGGGGAGUUGAGAAAAGUGCUUGCAGAGAGAACAGGAUUGCAUCCUCAGGACCAGAAGAUAUUUUUCAAGGACAAGGAGCGCGACUCAGCUGCCUUUCUCGAUAUGUCGGGGGUGAAAGACCGGUCAAAGCUCGUCGUCGUGGAGGACCCGGCGGCGAAGGCGAAGCGGGUGCUCGAAAUGCGCCGUGCUGCGAAGUUAGAGAAGGCCGUCAAAUCCAUCUCUCAGAUCAGUCUCGAGGUCGACAAGUUUGUUUCCCAGGUGUCGGCACUGGAAGGUGUGGUUUUGAAAGGAGGGAAAGUGGCGGAUAACGAAUUUCUGAGACUCACCGAGCUGUUGAUGAACGAGCUGCUCAAAUUGGAAGGGAUUGUAGCCGACGGGGAUGCCCAUUUACAGAGAAGAAUACAGGUUAAGAGAGUUCAGAAAUACGUUGAAACGCUGGACAUGCUCAAGCUUAAGAACGCGGUGCCCAAAUCGUCUUCCCUGCCGCCUCAGAAGGCUCAGAAGAAAGCACCGCCGUCAUCCCCAAAGCCAAAAUCUGUGAUCGUGACAACAAAGUGGGAAACAUUCGACUCCCUCUUCUCUCCCCUCCCCUCUCCAUCUUCGUUAACCACCACCACCUCAGUUGCGCCUACCCCAAGACUUGACUGGGAGCUAUUCUGAUUGCAUGAUACAUUAUACGUCAGUUGAAAUUUGCACGGGGUGCUUUGCGCCGGCCGGCAGCCAGCCAUGGUUUCAGGUGAGUAGAACACGGAUGUACGUGUUUUGGCCAUCGCUCAUUAUUGCGCUUGUUUGAUUUCUUCUGCGUUCCUCAUUCUACGUGUUAGAUCUCAUCAAUUUUACACCCCCCACACGCCCCCACCCCCGUCCCCCUCCUUUUUUUUGUCCUUUUCUUCCAGCCAUUGUUAAAACCAGUGCUUUUAUUCUUUUACAUACGUGAAUGUGUAGAUCUUGGGAUGGACCCAAGUCUAUGUAAUAGUAAUAAAUUGUGUUUAAAUAUAAUGAUUCACUAGUGGCACUAAAAAUUCAUUCU